CUCAAAUCUCAAAAACAAAAAUUAAAAAAUAUGGUCCAGUUUCACGAACACAUCAUCACGGACCUUCUAGAAGACCCCGCCGGCGGCAUGGUCAUUCUCUCCGGCGGCCUCUCUCUCCACAAACUCAUCUCAAAUCUCGUCUCUCUCCACCACACUUCCCAAGGCACUCUCCUCAUCCUCGCCUCCUCCCCUUCCCAGAGACAGUCCAUCCUCCUCAACACCCCCAAUCCCCCCGCCCCCGACAAUCUCGCCGAAAAUAUCGGAGCCCGGGCUCCGACAAUCUCGGAGAUCACUUCCGAGCUCCCGUCGAACCAGCGCGCGUCGCUGUACACUUCAGGCGGCGUCGUUUUCGUGACCUCGAGGAUAUUAAUUGUCGAUCUGUUGUCGAAUCGGUUGGAGCCGACGGUGAUUGCUGGACUGAUUAUACUUAAUGCGCAUACGUUGUCUGCGACGUCGACGGAGGCGUUUAUUGUUCGGAUUAUGAGGACGGGGAAUAAGAAUUUGUAUGUUAGGGCGUUUUCGGAUAAUGCUCAGGCGAUGGUUUCGGGUUUCUCGAAAGCCGAGAAGACGCUGAAGUGCUUGUACUUGAGGAAAUUGCAUUUGUGGCCGAGGUUUCAUGUGUAUGUGAAGCAGGAUUUGGAGAAGGAGCCUCCGGAAGUUGUUGAUGUUCGGGUUCCGAUGACUAACUACAUGAUGGAGAUUCAGAAGGCAUUGAUCGAGGUUAUGGAUGCGUGUUUGAAGGAAAUGAGGAAGACUAAUAAGGUUGAUGUGGAGGAUUUGACGGUAGAGAGUGGAUUGUGUAAGUCGUUUGAUGAGAUUCUUAGGAGGCAGUUGGAUCCGAUUUGGCAUACUUUGGGGAAAAAGACGAAGCAACUUGUUUCGGAUUUGAAGACGUUGAGGAAAUUGUUGGAUUAUCUUGUUAGGUAUGAUGCUGUGACCUAUUUGAAGUAUUUGGAUUCCUUAAGAGCAUCCGAGAGUUUCCGGUCUGUAUGGAUAUUUGCAGAGUCAAGUGUUAAGAUUUUUGAGUAUGCGAAGAAGCGAGUUUACUAUUGCAAGAGGUUGGAGGAUGGGAAAAUAGUUGGACAGAGUAAGACCAAAACACCUAAAAAGAGAAAACUGCAAGAUAAGAACAAGGACAAUGAAGAUUCUUUACCAGCAAGUACAAAUAUUCAAGUAGUUUUGGAGGAAGUUCUAGAGGAGGCACCAAAGUGGAAAGUCUUUCUUGAAAUCCUUGAAGAGAUAAAGAAUGAUAGACUGAAACAAGCUUCGUCGACGGAAGAUUCCGUCACAGAAGAAAUUGACGAGGGAACUAUUUUAGUAGCUUGCAAAGAUGACCACUCAUGUGUGCAGCUUGAAGAAUGCCUUACCAAAGGUCCCCGCAAGGUCAUGCAAGAUGAGUGGGAGAAAUAUUUGCUAAGCAAAGUAGAACUGCAAAGUUUGCCAAAACACAACGGUAAGAAGAAAUCGAAGGAAUCUAAAGGAAUUGGGGUUCUUGAUGGGACGAUCCGAAAGAUAUCUGGAAAUAAUACAGAUGUCAGUAGCAUUAGCAAGCAGGAAAAUGAUGCAUUGCUUGCAGCAGCCACUGAUUUACGUAAACAGGUCAAAAAAGACAAGGACAGAGAUAAUUCUGAAAUGUUGGAGGACAAAGCAGAACAUCAAAAAGGAAAGAAGAAAAGGGCCUCAAAAAAUAUGCCAACCACUUCAAAUAUCGAUGAUAAAAAUAGUGCUGCAGCUGCAAUGAAUAAAAGAUCAGAUAAAGUUUCCUCUGAAAGUCACAAGAGAACAGAUCCAGAGGUUAUUGGUGAUGUCCAUACAAGCAUAGUUAAGGAUUUUUCUGCCGACAGAGGGAUUAUUUGGAAGCAUAUGCAAAGUGUUGAUACUGAGGGAACAACAGAGUCUAAUCUACUCCCACCAGUGCUUUUCUAUGCCAUUGAUAGUGAUAGUCAUGUACUUGACAUCUUGGAACCCUCUGUAAUCAUUGUUUACCAUCCUGAUGUGGCUUUUGUCAGGGAAAUUGAAAUCUAUAAAUCUGAAAAUCCUUCAAGUAAGUUGAGAGUAUAUUUUCUUUUUUACGAUGAUUCCACGGAGGUUCAGAAGUUUGAGGCUAGUAAUCGCAGAGAACAUUCAGCCUUUGAGUCGUUGAUUAGGCAGAAAUCUAUGAUGAUGCUCCCAGCUUAUCAGGAAGGCAGUUUUUCGGGGUUUGAUCCUCCCAUUGAGCCAGCGUCUGUAGCUUCCCAAAAUUCAAUAACCAGGAAGGCAGGUGGAAGAAAGAAAAUUGAAAAAGAAAUGCAAGUCAUAGUGGAUAUGAGGGAGUUCAUGAGUAACCUUCCAAAUGUACUACAUCAGAAGGGUAUGCGUAUUAUUCCCGUGACAUUGGAAGUUGGAGACUACAUUCUUUCUCCAUUAAUAUGUGUGGAGAGAAAAAGUAUACAUGAUCUUUUUGGUAGUUUCGCAUCAGGGCGUCUCUUCCAUCAAGCAGAAAUGAUGAUUCGUUAUUAUCGGAUGCCUGUUCUUUUAAUCGAGUUUUCGCAAGACAAAAGCUUCUCAUUUCAGUCAGCUAGUGAUAUUGGCGAGGAUGUUGCACCAACCAGUAUAAUAUCCAAGUUGUCCCUGCUGGCUCUGCAUUUUCCUCGUCUGCGUAUUGUUUGGUCACGUAGUUUGCAUGCCACAGCUGAGAUUUUUGCUUCACUCAAAGCAAAUCAGGAUGAACCUGAUGAAUCCAAGGCACUUAGGGUUGGUGUACCCUCUGAAGAUGGUAUUAUAGAAGAUGAUGUGAGAGCAGAGAAUUAUAACACAUCAGCAGUGGAGUUCUUGAGAAGGCUUCCCGGGGUUACAGAUUCCAACUACAGGGCUUUAAUGGACGGGUGUAAGAGUUUGUCCGAACUUGCGACCCUUCCUGUAGAGAGAUUAGCUGAGUUGAUGGGUGGUCAAAAAGCUGCCAAAACGUUAAAGGACUUUCUUGAUGCGAAGUAUCCAACUUUACUCUAGGCUUACACGGAUGCUUCAUUCUUGGAAGAUACAUUUGCAAAAUUUUAACAUUGUCGUCCCUAAGAUUUAAUUUUUCUUGUUGGAGAAUUAGGUUAAGAAUAUGGCUUUCAACAUUUUAUUCAUCAUUUCAUUUGUAUGAUUUAAUGUAACUUUAGCAAGAAAAAUGGAUAUGUCAAAAGGAGUUGAUUGUUCAAAUCAAUGUCAAUUACUCAAAAGUUUCUUUACUA